AUGUGUGACCAGCAGCAGCAGUGCUGUGUGAAAGGGUCCUCCUUUGUUCCCUCUGCAGCCGGUGUCCCUGUAAAUGGCCCGUCCAAUAUAUAUACAGGAAAUGGUCAAGCUUCGGGUCAGUCCCAGAUCUGCUACGUCCAGUGCCAGGCCCCAAGCCAGGCCCAAGGAGCCUACGUAGAAUACCAAGUUGGAUGUCCUGUUCAGACCUAUGUACAGUCUUCUCCAGUUUGCUGUACUGAAACUUGUUAUGUCCAGUGCCCAGCUCCAUGCCCCGCUGAGGUCUAUAUACCAGUCCCAGCUCCUCAGCCAGUUCAGACUUAUGUAGAAUAUUAUCCUCGAUGCCAGGCUCAGGGGUACUAUAGCAGCUGUGCCCCUCGACGUCAGUCUCAGUACUAUGGCAGUGGUACCCUUCAGCGCCAAUACCAAGGAUCUUACAGUGGCUAUUCCUCUCAAAAUCAGUGCCAGCAGUCCUACGGUAGAAGUCAAGCUCCAUGCAUGUCUCGGCCUACUUAUAGGAGCUCUUCCCCUCCGUGUGGCCCUCCACGCAUGUCUAGGCCUACUUAUAGGAGCUGCUCUCCUCCCUGUGGCCCUCCACGCAUGUCUAGGCCUACUUAUAGGAGCUCUUCCCCUCCGUGUGGCCCUCCACGCAUGUCUAGGCCUACUUAUAGGGGCUGCUCUCCUCCGUGUGGCCCUCCACGCAUGUCUCGGCCUACUUAUAGGAGCUGUUCCCCUCCACGCAUGUCUCGGCCUACUUAUAGGAGCUGCUCCCCUCCACGCAUGUCUCGGCCUACUUAUAGGAGCUGUUCCCCUCCAUGCAUGUCUCGGCCUACUUAUAGGAGCUGCUCCCCUACACAUGAAUCUUGGCCUUAUUGUACUUAUUGUACCCCUCCACGGGAGUCUCAACCUUGCUAUAAUAGCUGUCCUCCUAGGCAUCCAGCUUCAGGGUCUUCUCAGAGAUGUGGUCCCAAAUACCGGGUAGAAAUUUCUUCUCCCAACUGUCCCGCUCAGGUUCCUCCAGCUAGGCGGCCUGUUCAGAUUCCCACCUGCAGACGACCCUGCCAGGGCUCUAGUACACAAUAUUCUUGUAGUGCUCCCUGCCCACGGCCAUGUCCAGAGCCAUAUCCACGCCGAGGUUCAUCCUCAGAGCAAGGCCCAAGGCCAUGCCCACUCCCAGCUCCACGAUCAUCCUGGAAACCAUGUCCUGAGCCAUGUCCUGCACCCCGGCCUGAGCCCUGUCCUGCACCCCGGCCUGAGCCCUGUCCUGCACCCCGGCCCAGAUUAGAGCCAUAUCCGGAGCCUUGUCCCGAGCCACCAAAUAUGGAAUCUUGUGACCGAAGCAGUCCUUGCAACUACCCCAAACCAUGCCCGAGCCCACCUCCUUGCCCAAGUUUUUCUGGCUGUCAUGAAUCUGAUCCUCGACGCCUAGAUAUCGAGCCACCCUGCUGUGGCCCUGCCGGAUAUAAUGAGGAAGGGGCCUGCGGUUCUGGAGGAUGCUCAGGACCACAAGAUAUGGGUAGCUCUGGUACCAAAGGUGGGGCCUUUUGUGGAGUGAAGGGCUGCUAUUUCUAA